AUGCGAGUCAGUCUGGUAACAGUCGGGUGUCUAGCCUCAGCGGUGGCUGGCGUGGCCGUCAACCCUCUGCCGGCGCCCCGGUCGAUCACCUGGGGCACUUCAGGUCCCAUCUCCGUGCCGCAGAACCUGAAUGUCCAACUCCCCAGGAACGCAAUCAUUAGCGACGCCUGGGAACGCGCCUGGACGAGCAUCAAGCAGCUGAAAUGGGUGCCCCAGGCCACCGAGGCCCCCAUUUCCUCGUACGAACCCUUCCCGACCGCCGCGCCCACUUCCACUCCCUCGACGCCUCUCCCGUCGUCUUCGGCAGCUGUUGCGCUCAACAGCCAGAAGCGCGGCCAUUCACAGGCAACCCUCAGAACCGUCACGGUGACUGUCUCGGACCUCAAUGCAGACCUACAGGCCGAGGUCGAUGAGUCUUAUACGCUUGUCCUCGACUCGGGCUCGUCCACGCUCGCAAUUACCGCCAACACCACCUGGGGCGCUCUCCACGCCUUCACGACUUUGCAGCAGCUCGUGAUCUUCCAGAACAAUGGGCUCAUCAUCGAGCAGCCCGUUUCCAUUGAAGACUCGCCGUUGUACCCCUGGCGCGGUGUCAUGAUCGACACGGGCCGAAAUUUUAUCACCACAACCAAGAUCAAGGAACAGAUUGACGGAAUGGCGUUGUCGAAACUCAACAUCUUGCACUGGCAUUUGGAUGAUUCGCAGUCUUGGCCGGUGCGCAUGAGCACGUACCCGCAGAUGACGAAUGAUGCGUAUUCGCCGUCGCAGACGUUCUCGCACGACGAUAUCAAGGAUAUUAUCGAGUAUGCGCGUGCGCGUGCUGUGCGUGUUGUGCCUGAGGUCGAUAUGCCAGGCCACUCGGCUGCGGGUUGGCAGCAGGUUGACCCUAGUAUUGUCGCCUGUGCUCAUUCCUGGUGGUCGAACGAUGUCUGGACUUAUCAUACUGCCGUGGAGCCUACUCCCGGCCAACUCGACCCUUUGAACAACAAGACUUAUGGCGUUGUUGAGAAGGUGUACAAAGAGCUCUCUGGUAUCUUUACAGAUAAUUUCUUCCACGUUGGUGGCGACGAAUUGCAGACUGGUUGCUACAACUUCAGUACCUACGUGACUGACUAUCUUGCCGCUGACCCCAGCCGCACCUACAACGACGUCACGCAGUACUGGGUCGACCACGCAUUCCCCAUCUUUAAGAGUAUCAAGAACCGUAAGCUCGUUGUUUGGGAGGAUCUGAUCAUCAACGAACCCCACGCACCCAACGUGUCGACGGAAGGCCUUCUUGUCCAGUCUUGGAACAACGGUCUCACCAACAUCAACAACCUGACCGACUUGGGCUACGAUGUUCUUGUAUCUUCUUCUGAUUUCAUGUACCUCGACUGCGGCUACGGAGGCUUUGUGACUAACGACCCCCGCUACGACGUAAUGGUCAACCCAGACGCCGUCGACGGCCUUGCAAACUUCAACUGGGGCGGAAACGGCGGUAGUUGGUGCGCGCCUUACAAGACCUGGCAGCGCAUCUACGACUACGACUUCACAACCAACUUGACCGACGCCCAAGCCGCGCAUGUCAAGGGUGCGGUUGCACCGCUCUGGUCUGAGCAGGUUGACGAUACCGUCAUUUCGGGCAAAAUGUGGCCUCGUGCUGCCGCGCUUGCGGAGUUGGUGUGGUCUGGUAACAAGGACCCCAAGACUGGCGACAAGAGGACGACGUAUAUGACGCAGCGCAUCUUGAACUUCAGAGAGUAUCUGGUUGCGAACGGAGUGCAGGCUGCGCCGCUGGUGCCCAAGUAUUGCUUGCAGCAUCCUCAUUCCUGCGAUUUGUACUAUGAUCAGACUGCGGUUGUUUGA